GAGCCGCCUUUCCCCGCCUGCUGGUGGGUCCCGAGGCAGGACGAGGGGGAGAUGGGAUCCGCUCGGUGAGCCGCCAGGCUGGAGCCCCCGUUUCCAGCGGGCUUCGGGGAGCCGCCGCCGGGCUCGAGAGGAUCCCCGCGCUGCUGGCUGGCUCUGCCCGGCUCUCCUUAGGUAAUUCUCUAAUGGAUCAAUGAAAACAAAACGAUGACAAGUUGUGGUCAACAGUCCUUGAAUGUGCUGAUGGUUGUGUUCUUAUUGCUCUUGUCAGCAGCAUUGUCUGCACAUUUUCGUGUCUGUGAGCCAUAUACAGACUACAAAGGCCGCUACCACUUUGGUUUUCACUGUCCACGUCUUUCUGACAAUAAAUCUUACAUCUUCUGCUGUCACCAUAACAACACGGUAUUUAAAUACUGCUGCAAUGAGACAGAAUUUCAGACUGUUAUGCAGAUGAACCUAACGGGGAAUGCAGAUGGAUAUAUGCAUAACAAUUACAGUGCAUUGUUAGGAGUGUGGAUCUAUGGCUUUUUUGUUGUGAUCUUGCUGGUACUGGACCUUUUAUAUUACUCAUCAAUGAACUACGAUAUUUGCAAAUUUUACCUGGCAAGAUGGGGAAUCCAGGGAAAGUGGAUGACACAGGCACAGAGCCGAUGGAUUAACCCUGCUCAGAAUCCAAGUCAAGUACAGACUCAGCCUCAGCCUCAGAUGUCACAGGCAGUACAUACUUUAAAAGGAGAUGCUUUGAACCCACCAUUGAUGUCUUUUCAGAGUUCAUCUGCCUGAAAACUGUAAUGAUGUGCCUCAAGAUGGGAGAGGUGAGUUUAGAAUGCAGCGAGCAGCUUUCAAGAGCGAACUAUCCAAGUGAAUGACAGACAGACAAACAAACAAAGAUGACACUGCAAGAUGGAGUUUGGUCAAGACAUCUGACAAGAAUCACCACCUAUCAACUUACAAAAACAAUGUUGAAAGAGUUCAGAAAACCAUCUGUAAGCAAUAUUUUGAUUUUAGGUCAAGAUUAGUAUUUUGAAAGGAGACAUCGUAUUUGAUAGAAAGCUCAAUACAGUGAAAUGCAAGUUGUUCUUGCAAGAUCUAAGCCAAGGUGGACAAGGACAACAAGACAAACCUUUGGCAGAUCAACUUUGUUUGCCUCCCCAUCCCCAUCAAUUGCCAUUUGAGCCUAAUCUGUGUCAGAAUAAUGAAUGUGAGUUAUUCCAAAGUUCUCUGGUGAAUGUCACAAUAGAGUAGAUGCUGACAUUCCCAGUCACUGUUCCCUCAACAUCACACCUCACAAUACAAAGGGACCCGUCAUCCAAUCAGAGUGCAGGGUAGUAGUCAUUUCAGUCCCCGAUUCUGGUCAUUUUAUUCAAAGCAAUGAGACUGGCAUGACAUCAUGAAAUUCCUGAGCACAACAAGUGGCCUCAACUGUACUUGCCCUCCAGAGGAGGGUACAAAAAUUUAAAAAAGGACAACCUCUCCCCUUCCUCAACCUGAUAGGAAAUGAAAAGAAAAAUCCCUCAGAUUACAAUAGCAAUAACAUCACUACUCCUCUGUUUUACAAGGCAAUAAUCCAAUCCCCUCAGGGCGAUAGUUAUUCAGCAAUUGAUUGGUCUCAUAAUUUAUCCCCCUCAGGAAUGGGAGGAUUGCUUUGCAAGCCAGAACAGCAAUGGGAUGCUGAGUCACUGUGUGUUGCAAUAGCCUGACUCUAUUUUAUUGUAGGGAUUUAAUUUGAAGACAUACAAUAUAUUUUAUAUCAGAGUGGCCCUCCGAGCCACAUAAAAUAAUCUUCAGUUUGAGAGCUGGGAGCACCUGCUGGAGCUCAGGGCUUCAGCAGGAGCAGGGCUGAAACCCUGAGCCCCAGCAGACACCUCCAGCAAGACUAGAGCCCAGAGAUCCCCCUCUCCACAAGGCAGAAGACCCUAGCCCUAUCACCCUGCCACAGGGCAGAAGCCCUGAGCUCCCCUCUCCCAGUCUGGUAGGUGGAGAACAGGGGAGGGAGGGCUCCGUGAACUGCACUUUAGCUGUAAAAGAGCCGCAUGCGGCUCACGAACCACAGUUUGGCCACCCAUUUUAUAUCAAUCAUUCCUGUGAAAUUAAGUCAUGCAGCAAGACGUCGUUUUAUACAGAGCACCUGGUGACUACAAACAAACAGAGGAAUUCCUCUGGAAUCACAGCACUCAACACAGCCACAUUAGUGCCAAACUAAUUCAGGAUGGCUAAUAUUAUUCCAACCAACACCAAAUGAUCUGACUAUGACUUAGUUGCAUAUAUUUGAGAGCAUCAUCAAUAGCAGGAACGCUUUCCAGGUCUACUGAGUAACACAAAGUCUUCUGUUAACAUUUCUUUGAAUUGAGCGCAUUUUUCUUCUUCUACUGAACAGCUAAGGGAUACAUUAUUACUGGACACGUUGGGCCAAGUUAUGGCUACCUUGCAGAAGUGCAUUAGAUAGGGAAAAGGCACAGAGAGGUGUCCGUUCUGGAGAGCAGAAGCAGGGGAAGCCAGCCAAUCUUGCCUGCAGCAGUUCAGUUCUGAGAGGAGGCCUGCCUGAGUAGGACAGGGACAUCUCCAUGUCCUACCUCCUUGCAUGCCAACAUGUCAAUGCAAAGUAUCACUGGGGAAAGGGCAUGCUAUACCCAAUGAAAAGGUGUAGCAAGUGCCACAGGUAAGCAUGCUCCCCCUCAGCACCCUUGCAGCCAUUGGACUUGCUCCUGCUCCACGCAGAAUGCCUGCAGCAUCCCCUUUAUGAAGGGACUCAGACGCCCCCCUUCUUUCCCGUACGUGAUUCAGUUUGUAGAGCCAUACUAGAGCCUUUAAAGUUGUACUGUGGUAUUGUACAUGGUGGCAAAUGUAGUAAAGGGAGUCCAUAUUUUUUAAAUUCUCAAUUCACUUUAAACCACAGAGCUUUUAGUUUUCUAAAUAGCAUUUCAUUAUACCAUUCAAAGCACUUUAGUUGAAGCUGGAACAAUAAGAGCUCCAUCAAAGGGGCAUUAUAGAGUGUUUUCAGAUACUGGUACAAAUACAGCAUUGGGUUUUUGCAAAAAUAGUAUUUAGCCUGAGCUAAGGGGCUGUGCUUGCAUGGAAGGGAGAAUACACACAGUGGAGCUGUGAAAUGACGCCUCAUUCCCAACUUGCCAGUAAAGGCCGGAAAAAUCAUGUAGCCAGAAGUAACACUGAUACUGGCCAUGCCUCUGUGGGCCAACAUGCCUCCUUUUCUUUUCCUAUCUGCCUUUGCUUGCAAAGGCCAACCUCCCCCCCCCCCCCCCCCGAGGUUAUACCUACAACACACAGAGUCUCCUUGCACAAGUUUUUUGCUACUAUUAUUCCUUUCCCUCCAUCACAGCAGUAACAUAGCAUUUCCACUGUUUAUGGAUCUGACACACAUACAUAAGGUACCAUAGGAUCAAGUCUACAGAAGUUUGGGAACGAUUUGUUAUAAAACAGGAAUAGUAAGAGGCGCACUUGGCACUUCCAAGGAUCAGGCCUGCUGAUCCUCUGAGAAUUGCAGGGUUCUUAGACCAGCACACUCUGUUAUGCAUCGUUCACUGUGUGAUGCCUAUCUCCGCACAACAGGCUGAAUUAAGGAUGGAAUAUCAAACUUUAAAGCCAACUUAGAAAUCAAACUUCUCCAUUAUAUUUUAACUACUAUAUUACUACAAGAAGCAUGUGUGCUUACUAUCAAUGAAAGUGAGCUGUAGCUCACGAAAGCUUAUGCUCAAAUAAAUUUGUUAGUCUCUAAGGUGCCACAAGUACUACUUUUCUUUUAGAGAAAAUUAUUUCACUAUUUUUUCCAGUUUGUUUACUUUACAGGCUUGACUGCACUUUGGGCUUCUCUAAACUUGUUGAACUACUACAGCAGCUGUGCCACUGUAGUUCUUCAGGGUAGACACUACCGAAUUCGACGGGAGGGGACGUCCUGUCUGCCAGAGUUAAUCCAUCUGCCCAAGAAGCAGUAGCUAGGUUGAUGGAAGAAUUCUUCUGUCGACCUAGCACUGUCUACAUCAUGGGUUAGGUCGGCUUAACUUGAUUGCUCAAGGGUAUGGAUUUUUCAGACCCCUGAGCCACUUCGCUAGGUCAACCUAAUUUUUAAGUGUAGAUCAGACCUUUGUAUGUAAUCGGUUUUUCUGUUUCUCCUGUAGAGGCAAUUUCCCCUUUCAUUUGUGUGGAUCUUUCAUGCAGUAAUGAGAGUGAGACUGUUAAAGAACAGAAGAAUAUGAUCAAAAAAAGCACAAAAGCUGGCAAAGGGACGCAGGAGUGAGUGAGCUUUAGAACUCACUUUUCUUAAAUUAAUAGUUUUCAGAUUUUUGGUGUCCCUUUAAUUUUAGAAGUCUCGAGUUUUGUCCAUUCAGGUCUCAAUUUUAAUAAUACUGAAACAAUGUGUCAGAUACCAAUAGCUGUUUCCAGACUUCAGCCGAUUGAUUUUAACCUUGCAGAACAUAAAAUGGAUUCUCUGGGCUAGAUUCUGAUCUUGAGCACCAUUUUACACCAGUGUAACUCCAUUUACUUCAAUGGAGUCACUCUGGACUUACAACAGUGUGAGAAUCAGGCCCACAAGAAUAUUAUCCAUUAAAAUAAAUGAAUAUUUUCUGCAACUCAGCAACUUUACAAUCAACAGAAUUGUUUCCUGUACAUAGUCAUUCAAACGGUCUCCUUCAAAACAAGACAAGCAAACUCUUCCUAAGUAUUGUUUAGAACUACCUACUUUUAUUGUGAGGUUAUUGCCACCAUAGAGAUCUUUGUAAAAAGCUUAUGUUCAUGAAGGAAUUUGUAUUAGAUACUGGUUUGUGUGUCUUACUGUAUUUUGUAAGGGUUUUUUCCCUUUGGGAAUUGUGUGUUAUUAAUGAGCAGUUUUAUGCUUUAUUUCUGGUAUGUGUACACAUUGUAAUUGAUGUGCUUUUUUUUUUAAAUCUCUGUACAGACAGAUUGAUAUUAGGUAGAUACUCACUGGCUGAAGUUUUCAUAUUACCUACAAAUUUACACAUGUGGACUUAAGGGGGACGGAUAGCUCAGUGGUUUGAGCAUUAGCCUGCUAAACCCAGAGUUGUGAGUUCAAUCCUUGAGGGGGCCAUUUAGGGAUCUGGGGCAAAAAUUGGGGAUUGGUCCUACUUUGAGCAAGAGGUUGGACUAGAUGACCUCCUGAGGUCCCUUCCAACCCUGAUAUUCUAUGAUUCAUAACAGAGGAAGAAUAGUUCAUCUAUCAUCAGUUAAAAAAAAAACAGCUUAUAGCCUAUAUAUAUUGUACUUAAAUAUUGGAUCUUGACUAAAAUGAAUAUUAGUUCAGCCUUAAUCUAAAACAAACACACGUAUCACGGGUAAAUUUUCCCGCACUGUCCCAAUCUUUUGUAUUCUGAAGUUUUCGAAAAGCAAUGACUAGAUAAACAAUAUCUGUAAUAUAUCAGCCAUCAUCAAAUAAGGCUGUGCUCCAACAGUUCUCUACUUUUAGCCAGUGUAAAAUGAUUACAGCAAAAACAAAAUAAAUUACACCAAAUUCUGCAUUUAC